UUCCAAGGGAGGUCAUCAGCUACACAGCUGAGAACAUCUAUAAGUGGGCCUUAGAGAACCGAGAGAUGCUCCUUCGAUGGCUGCGGCCACAUGGUGGCAAGAGUCUUCUACUGAAUAAUGAACUGAAGAAAGGACCAGCACUUUUUUUAUUUAUACCUUUUAAUCCCUUAGCUGAAAGUCAUCCCUUAAUAGAUGAGGUAAGUGAUAAUGUUAAAAAAAAAAAAGGUGCCUCAUAAAGAGCAGGAGAACUUCAUAAACUUGGCCUCCUCUCAUCCCAUGUUCAGAGAGUAAUUCCCACUAGUAGCUGAGCAGCUGCCGAGAAUGGCAGCUGCGUUUCUGUGGCAUUACUCCUUGCCCUACGACGGGCAGGAGAGCCUGUGCCUGGGAGAGGAUCUGCUCUAGCCUCUCUGGCCACGUUUGCUGACAGCUGCCCCAGAUGGGGUGAGUCGAAGGGGACAGGUAAGCCAAACUGUGUCUCUCGAGAAGGACCAGGUGUCCCUUUCCCUCAGUAGCUGGUGUCUGGCAGUGGGACAGAGGAAAUGGGCAGCAACACAGGUAGGACUCAGUGUGGCCUCAGAGAUGCCAUUGCCCUGUGGCUUCCACCCUGGCCAUCCUCAGCCCAGGAGAUAGGAGCCACAGUGUGACACUGGGAUCCUUUGUUUUUCUACGCCUUCCCAUCGCACAGAUAACCAGGACUGUUUCCAGAGAUGACUGCUGGCAGGAGUUAGGCAGCCCUCCUGCGUUUUCUGCUGCAUCUGGUGUACUCUGUGUAUCACCGAAGUGGCCUUGGAGUACAACAACUGUCAUGGGGACCAGGUGGUGGAGCGACUCCUUCAGCACCUGCGGCGAGUGGACGCCCCAGCGUUCAAGUCUCUGGCACCCGAGCCCCCAGCCCAGCUGCCGGACCCACCGCUGAUAACAGUGUCUCCCUGCUGCAACACUGUGGUGCUGCCCCAGUGGCACGCCAUCUCCAGGACCCACAAUGUCUGUGAACUGUGUGUCAACCAGACCGCAGGGGGCAUCAGGCCGAGCUCGCUUGGCAUGCCGCAGUGCAGCUUUUUCGAGAUGGCAGCAGCUCUGGAUUCUUUCUACCUCAAGGAGCAGACCUUUUAUCAUGUGGUAUCAGACAGCAUAGAAUGCAGCAAUUUCCUAAGUUCCUAUAGCCCUUUCAGCUACUACACUGCAUGUUGCAGGACCAUAAACAGGGCUGGGCUGGGCUUCAUUGAUUCUGAACAAGGUGUCUUUGGAGCCCCAACCAUGGCAUUUUCUUCCUUUGAGAAGAAAUGUGAGGUUGAUAAGCCAAGCUCCGUUCCUCACAUUGAGGAGAACAGGUGUCUCUUCCCUGAAGUGGACAUGAAUAGCACAGACUUCACAGGCUUGAGCUGCAGAACCAACAAGACCCUGAACAUCUACCUUUUGGAUUCAAAUUUAUUUUGGUUAUAUGCAGAGAGGCUGGGCGCUCCCAGCACCGCUCCGGUGAAAGAAUUUGCUGCCAUUGUCGAUAUAAAGGAAGAGUCUCACUAUAUCCUGGAUCCCACCCAAGCUCUUAUGAAGUUCACCCUAGAGUCUUUUAUUCAAAACUUCAGUGUUCUCUACAGUCCUUUGAAAAGGCAUCUUAUUGGAAGUGACUCUGCCCAGUUCCCUUCUCAGCAUCUAAUCACUGAAGUGACAACUGAUACCUUCUGGGAAGUAGUCCUUCAAAAACAGGACGUUGUGCUGCUGUAUUACGCACAGUGGUGUGGCUUCUGUCCAUCCCUCAAUCAUGUCUUCAUCCAGCUAGCUCGUCUCCUGCCAGCUGAUAUGUUCACUGUGGCAAGGAUUGAUGUAUCUCAGAAUGAUCUUCCUUGGGAGUUUAUGGUUGACCGUCUUCCUACCGUCUUAUUUUUUCCCUGCAACAGAAAGGACCUCAGUGUGAAAUACCCUGAAGAUCUUCCCAUCACCCUUCCAAACCUGCUGAAGUUCAUUUUGCAUCACUCAGACCCUGUGUCCGCCUCCCAAAACCUGGCUAACCCUCCUACCAAAGAGUGUCUUCAGAGCGAGGCCGUCUUCCAGCAGGGGCACAUCUCCCACCUGGAGAGAGAGAUCCAGAAACUGAGGGCGGAAAUCAGCACCCUUCAGCGCGCGCAGGUGCAGGUGGAGGCCCAGCUCUCCAGCGCGCGCAGGGACGAGCAGCGGCUGCAGCUGCAGAAGCAGGCCCUGGAGGAGCAGCACAGCCUGCUCCGGCUGCACAGCCAGCAGCUGCAGGCCCUGUACGAGCAGAAGACGCGCGAGCUCGAGCAGCUGGCCCGGAGGCUGCAGGAGCUGGCCGACGCCUCAGAACACCUCCUUGCGGAGAACACGUGGCUCAAGAUCCUGGUGGCGACCAUGGAGCGGAAACUGGAGGGCAAGGAUGGAGGAGCCCUCACUUCGCCGGCGGAGGCGCACUCCGACCACCCUGAGCCCGUGGGGCCCCCCCGGCUACCUGCCAGCACCCCUCCGCCUUCCAACGUCAGCUCCACGCUGGCAUCCGAAAGGAACAGUGAGAACAGGACAGACUAACUUUUAAAAUGACAUGAAGAAAUCACAGGUGAAAAUUGUACAUUGGGAGUAUAUUUAUGCAAAUUUUAUUGAAAUUUAUUGUAAAUAAAGAUUUUCUCAGUGGUCUAGAAAA